GCGCUCGCUCCCGAUUUAAACAUUAAACUGAUAACUGCUGAGUUUAACUGGAUAAUUACGCGAUUGUACGGUUAUAUAGCGGUUGUAACGCGCGUUGUAAAGCUCGUCCCGCGGCGGUGGUGAUGAUGAUGAUGAUGAUGAUGAUGGUGGUGUGCGUUGGUUUGCGCUGAAGGAAGAUGGCGGCGAAUGGAUCCGUGAUCAGAUUAUCCCGCUGCUCCUAAAUCUCUGUCUGUCGUUUGACGGUGUGAGUUUGUGUCGGUACCGUGUGUUUGUGUCGCUCUGUGUGCUCGCGCCGCUGUCGGGAGGGAUGUCGGACUCGGAGGAGGAGAUUCAGGAGCGGCAGCUGAAGAUCGUGCUGCUGGGAGACGGAGCGUCGGGAAAGACUUCUCUGGCCAUCCGUUUUGCACAAGAGGCUUUUGGGAAACAGUAUAAACAGACGAUAGGACUGGACUUCUUCCUCAAGAGAAUCACCCUGCCAGGAAACCUGAAUGUGACGCUGCAGGUGUGGGACAUCGGAGGACAGACUAUUGGAGGAAAAAUGCUCGACAAAUACAUCUACGGAGUACAGGGUGUGCUCCUGGUGUACGACAUCACUAAUUCCCAGAGUUUUGAGAAUCUUGAAGAUUGGCUGAACAUGGUGAGAAAAGCCAAUGAAGAGUCAGACACACAACCGGCGAUAUCACUGAUCGGAAACAAGAUUGAUCUGGAGCACAUGCGGACAGUAAAGAUGGAGAAGCAUCAGCGAUUCUGUCAGGAAAACGGACUCAUCAGUCAGUUUGUGUCUGCGAAGACAGGAGACUCUGUGUUUCUCUGUUUCCAGAGACUGGCAGCUGAGAUUUUAGGCAUAAAGCUGAAUAAGGCUGAGAUGGAGCAGUCACAGCGUAUUGUCAAAGCGGAGUUGGUGGACUAUCCUCAGGAUGAGGGACCAAUCAGAAAAGAGACCAACCAGAGCAAGAUCUGCUCUGUCCAGUAACACACGUGGUUAAAGCAGACAUAGUGAACUACAGUCAGGAGUCGGUGGCUCGAACCGUCAACCCUCCGCGCAGCUCCAUGUGUACCAUACAGUGAUCAGCACACAUCGCCUCUGUCCGUCCGUUUGUCUGUCUCGCUCGCGUCUCUCGUCUCCUGAGUGUCUGUCAUCUAAAGUGUCGUGUUUUAUGCAGACGGACUCUGAACUCGGCGUAACGGACACACAGAUCCUGCUUUAUACUGUCCUCCCUGUUUCUUUGAAAUUGAUUUGCCAAUUAGAUGUGCUACAAAUGCUUUAAUGUGUGGAAGUACCAGAGCUUUACCUUAUAAAUCUUUGCUUUUGUAAGUCGAGACAGACGGAUCAUUAUAGAGGAUCGUUGCGUGUAAAUGCCGCUGGAGUUCGUGCAGCUGAGAACGAGCCGAGAUCUCACAUCUGCGGGAGAAUUCGCUCGCACCGACGGAGAACUGACUUCCUCCGGUCAGAGGUUAGAGCAGACGCACGUGCGUGUGUGUGUGUGUGUGUGUGUGUUAGGAAAGAAAAUACAUUUAUAGGAAGCCAUUCUGACAGAUUUCUAUAGAGAGAGCUUUUCACAUUGAGCAUCAGAAUCAUAAUGACUGGUUUUACACAGUAUUUUAUGCUGUUUUAAUUAAAUUUGGCAAAUCCAGAGGGAAUAUCCUAAAUUCACGGACAUAAUCGUCCCCCCUCCGUGCUCAUGACUGAUAUUUGACGUUUAUGAGCAUCAUAUUGGACCAAUAAUCUGCAGUAAAGCAGGAGUCACACAGAGACGUCUUGUGUUGAGUAUUUGCAGGCUGCCUGUAAACUCUAUUUGAGUGAUUUGUUGGUUUGUGCGAGCGCGAGUGUUUUCAUUUCCACGGGAUCCUCUACUUAGAGAAGUUUCAUUAUGUGACCUCUGAAUAUUUCUAUUUAAAAACUGAAUGUAUUUGUAAACUCAAGCCUGUCCAGGUGUUGUAGAGCGUCGUACCGUUUAGGAAUAAAUGUCAAGACACACGUCGA